GUAGAAGAAGAAGAAAAGGUGUCAAGUUCCCAGAAAGUGGUACAAGAAAACUUUUGAGAAAAGUGAAAAAUCUGUGUUGAAAUAAUUCCAAUUUAAUUAAAAAUGUACGGUCGUGAUCGUCAAGGAGCUGGAGGAUUCCGCGGGACUAAUGGACGUGGUGGUAGAGGCAUGGGAUCAAGUGGUGGAGGAGGUAGUGGCCGACCAAUGGGUGGUGCUGGCGGUGGAAUGGGGGGAUUUCGUGGUAUUAAGAAGCCAAUGGACUUGAAGCCAAAGAUGCGACAGCCGGGGGAUCGUUUGCGUCGCAUCCGCUGGGACUCGUCAUCCCUCACGGCAUUCCGGAAGAAUUUCUAUCAAGCCCCCAUGAGUGCAGCCAGUCGCUCAGCGUCCGAAGUUGAAAGGUAUCUCAAGAAGAAUGAAAUAACCGUCAAGGGGCGCGAGGUACCACCACCAAAUUUGGAAUUUAUUGAUAAUGGCUUCCCGAAGUACGUUGUCGAUGAGAUCCUGCGGCAGGGAUUUAAUACCCCAACGGCAAUUCAAGCUCAAGGAUGGCCCAUAGCGAUGAGUGGAAGAGAUCUCGUUGGGAUUGCCCAAACUGGCUCUGGGAAGACACUGGCUUACAUUCUGCCAGCUCUUGUGCACAUUAGCCACCAGAGUCGGCUACAGCGUGGUGAUGGACCAAUUGCCCUUGUUUUGGCACCAACGCGUGAACUGGCUCAACAAAUUCAGCAGGUUGCCAGUGAUUUUGGAACUUGUACUCACGUAAAUAAUACGUGUAUUUUCGGUGGUGCACCCAAGGGGCCACAGGCACGAGACCUUGAGCGCGGGGUGGAGAUUGUAAUUGCAACCCCGGGAAGGUUGAUUGAUUUCCUCGAGAGGGGAACCACAAAUCUCCGUCGUUGCACAUACCUCGUACUCGAUGAAGCCGAUCGUAUGCUUGAUAUGGGUUUUGAGCCACAAAUCCGUAAGAUAAUCGAACAAAUUCGACCCGAUAGGCAGGUUCUCAUGUGGAGUGCAACAUGGCCAAAGGAGGUGCGAAAUUUGGCUGAAGAAUUCCUCGAUAAUUACUGCCAAAUUAACAUUGGUAGUCUGGGAUUGGCUGCUAAUCACAAUAUCCUCCAAAUUGUCGACGUUUGCGAAGAGUAUGAGAAGGAGGGGAAACUCAUGAAACUACUUGCGGAGAUUUCGUCAGAAGGUGAGACGAAAACAAUCAUUUUCGUUGAGACAAAAAGGCGCGUUGAGGAAAUCUCGCGCAUUAUCAAUCGUAACGGUUGGCGUGCCUGCUCCAUUCACGGUGAUAAAUCUCAGCCGGAACGUGAUUAUGUACUCAGUUCAUUCCGAAGCAACAAACACGGUAUCCUUGUUGCCACUGAUGUAGCUGCUCGUGGAUUGGAUGUUGAAGAUGUGAAAUUCGUAAUCAAUUAUGAUUACCCAUCGAAUUCGGAAGACUAUGUUCACCGUAUUGGUAGAACUGGACGUUCUAAUAAUACGGGAACUGCUUAUACCCUGUUUACGGGACAAAAUUCAGGGAAAGCUGCAGAUCUCAUUGCCGUCCUACAGGAAGCUAAUCAGGUGGUGAAUCCAAAAUUGUAUGACAUGAGCAAGGGUGGAUAUGGCAAAGGUCGUGGUCGUACUCAACGAGAUGGCGGAGGAAUGAAUCGCAUGGGUGGUAUGCGUGGUGUUGGUAGUCGUGGAGGCGGAUCAGGUGGACCAAUGGGGGGAAUGAUGAAGCCUAUGCGUGGUGGUCCAUCCAACGAUAGAAUGGGUAUGCGCCAAAGCCGUAUGGAUAGUGGAUCGCGGGUAGAUAAGUUUGAGGGACGUGAUCGUAGCCGUAGUGCCAUGGGCAGUAGCGGAUCGCGUUUUAGUAACAAUCGUGACCGUGAUGCAAGUGGUGGUGGUGGUUCCAAGUACGGUGGAUCCGGGUAUCCAUCGAUGUCGAAUAAUGAAAUGGGUAAGUUUGGCGGAAAUACAGGUGGGGGGGUGUACGGUGCUGCCGGUGGUGGUGGCAAUUACACAAAUGGCAGCUACAACUCCAGUAGUAGCGCAGGGUAUGCCAAGGGAAUGCCACCAGCAGCAUCUGGGAGUACAUAUGAUAGCCAAGUCCAGAGCGCCACUGGCUCUGGUGCGGGCACAUAUCAGAAUUAUAGCGUCAUGCCACCUAAUAUGUUCUCCUACCCACCUCCCCCACUCCCUGUUAAGAACUAAACACCACCAUGCAGGCAUAUUUUCUAAGAAAUGACGUUAUUUAACAAUUUAAUUCAUAAUUUCUUAUUUAACAGAAGAAAAAUAAUUGAGAGGAUGAAAAAUUAAUAGAUAUAUAGACGAAUGGACGCUGAUAUGACGAAUAAGGGGGUACAUACAUAAUUUCUAGGAUCUAUCUUCAUGCACAGCACACUGUAAACGUUUUUUUUUUCGCUUUUUCCCAUUUUGGUCUCUCAUUAGCAAUUAAAUAAGAUAAAUUUCAGAAAAAUUGGAGUAAUAAAUAUGGGAAUAUGUAAAACUAUUCACAUGUACUACUUCAUCAAUAAAAAAGAAAAAGAAUACAACAAAAUUUAAAAACAUAUUUCAAGUUCUUUAAGGAAUAUUUUAUGGGUGGAGACACAGUAAAAAACUUUUUUUUAAAUAUUUUUUUCAACAUACAUCAUUAUGUUCGUAAAUUGAUGAUUUUUAUAUGCAUGACGUAAAGAAAUAUUUAUUUAAAUUAAUCUUUUUUUUGGUCUUAAAAAAAAUUAGAAAAUAAAUAUCUGUCUAUGUAUUUCAUGUGAUGUAAAGGGUUACACCUCUCGGGGUUAAAGGGUACACCCGUUAUAUGAAGUAUUUUUAGCAUUGAUGUUCGUCGAUCUAAACAGGAUUUUCAACUCAACGUAGAUUCAAGAUUAGAAAGGAUAAAUACAAAAUAAUACACCUAUAUAUUUUCUAAUUUAUAAUUUUAUAUUUAGCAUUAGGUAUACAUAAUAAUUACAUAAUUUUAAACAUCCUUGAUUUCACGAUAUAUUUCUGACAUAGUUUUUAACCUGUCAAGAGUUCUAUGUAAUUAUGUUCCUACAUUUUUUAAUGUAAUAAUACAUAAUAUUUUUGCAAUUUUUUUUUCAAAUACAAUUACAGCACUAAAAUGUUUAAAAACCUGCAAUCUAAGGAAAACUUUUAGGCGCUUGUUCUAACAUUAAUAAUUUCUAUGUUUUUUUUUUCUUCAAUACCUUGCAUUUAUAUUGUCAUUAUCUUCCAUGACUUUAAACAUACAUUUCAUACGAUACCUACAUACCAAAUUUAUGAUUUUACACGACUUUCCCCGAAACUUGGCUGAAGGUUUAUAGGUUCUUCUGAGAACAUUAUGAAAACCUAUAUUUCAUUUUAUAUUUACAUAAUGUUUUUCUAUAAAUAUGUAAUGUUAUGGUAACGUACUUUUUUGUAUGAAUUAUGCAAAAAUUAUGAAAAGAUUUAAACACAUUUUUGGAGGGAUUACAGAGACAGUUUCAUAAAAGACGAAAAUGGAAAUUAAUUCAGAAUAUUUAUGAUCAAUUAAACUUAUUUGCAAAGUCAGUUAAAAGAUAUUAGUAAAAUAUCCAAAAUUUCACUUUCUUUUCAUUCUUAAUCUUACCUUCAAUGAAAAUUGCAAAUACCUUUUAUCAGUUCUUAUAUGACUUAAUUUAGCAUUCAGAACACUAGGCGAAUUAAGAAAAAAUUACAGUAAUUGUGGGAUAAAAUUAGUUUAAAAAAAAGAAAGAUAAUUUGAAGGAAUAUCAAUAAAAUAGAGGAACCUGGGUCAGCCUAGUUGAUUAAUUUAGUAGAUAGAAUUUUUAUUAUACGUAAACAUAAGUAGAAAAAAAAUUUAACAGAGUUUCUCAGCUUUGAGUUUAUCUUCAGGAAUGGGGGAUUAGUACAGGGUGGACAGGAUCGAGUGUAAGAUAUUGAAAACUCACUAAACUUCUCUUCUAACUCAAUCUAAGACCUAUCAGGCUGUAUAGGGAACUUUCUAGUGGAUUCUUCAUGUGAAUUAAGUCUCUAAAAACAAUGGUUUUGAUGAAAAUUUUGAACCUUCAUUCAUCUUCCCACAAGCACUAUCUUGAAAAAAAAAAACAAUGCGAGUUUUCUUUUAAAGAAUUAUCAGCAUCCUCCAGGUUCCUCUAUAAAAUGUAAAAAAAAAAUGUUUAAAUUGCAAAAAUUAGAAUCACCCAGUUUUAUUUUAAAAUUACAUAUGAAACAAAAAAAAAACCAAUAUGUAUUACAUAUUAUGUAUAGAGAAAAAGAAAAUAAAAUUUUUAAAAAUUUAGAAAA